ACUGUAAGAGAAGUGAUGGUUUGGGUAUCUGAUAAUUAAUUACCCAUAAAAAUUAGAUGAUAAGUUGGUAAAAGUAAUUUGUUUAUCAAUGAAUUAAGGAUUUUGAAUAGUGGUUCUGCAACUAAUAAUGGAGCCUUUUAGAUUAGUUUGUACAUUGGCGAUUUUAGUUUUGGAAAUGGUAGCAGAACCGCGGCCGGUGAUGAGCGACGCCGACGUGCAGAAAUGUAAAUUCCGGUCACUGUACAAUUUCGGAGAUUCGAAUUCGGAUACAGGUGGAAUAUCUGCUGCAUUAUCUGAAGUUACUGAACCAAAUGGCGAAACGUUUUUUGGACAUCCUGCUGGAAGAUUCUGUGACGGUCGACUGCUUAUUGAUUUUUUAGUUGAAACACUAAAAUUACCCUACCUGAGUCCAUAUUUGGACUCAAUUGGAACUAAUUUCAAGCAUGGAGCAAAUUUUGCAACCGGAGGUUCAUCCAUCCGUCCUGGUGGUUAUAGUCCGUUCCAUUUAGGCAUACAAAUUGCACAGUUUAUACGGUUCAAGGCUCGCAUUACAUCUCUCUAUGAAUCAGGAAAUUCCCAAGCAUUAUUCAAAAACAAUCUUCCAAGGCCUGAAGAUUUUUCUAGGGCUUUAUACACAUUUGACAUGGGACAGAAUGACUUGGCCUAUGGAUUUCAACUCACUACGGAACAACAAGUUAUCAACUCAAUUCCUGAUAUACUGACCCAGUUUUCACAAGCACUGCAUGAAUUAUACAAAGAAGGGGCAAGAUUUUUCUGGGUGCAUAAUACAGGCCCAAUAGGUUGUUUGCCUUAUAGUGUUAUAUACAACUCAAAGCCUAGAAAUAAAGAUAAAAAUGGAUGUGUAAAAUCUCAAAAUAAGGUUGCUCAAGAGUUUAAUAAGCAAUUAAAGGACAAAAUUUCCCAGCUGAGCAGAGAGCUUCAUCAUUCAACAUUCACUUAUGUUGAUGUGUAUUCAGCUAAAUAUCAUCUAAUUAGUACUGCCAACACUCAAGGUAACAUUAUACUUUAACAUGUUUAGAAAAUCUGUAAUUAGUUUGGGCUAAAUGUCUGUUUCGACACCCGAAUUUUAAUUAUUUGGACACUUUGUAGCAUCAUAACUUUUUGGUUGAGCCUAAUGGACACCUAAACUUUGAGUUUUGUAACAUUUUAAACACUUAUUAACUUUUGAUAUAACCUAAUA